CUCUCUUAUAGCGCUUCCUUCGAUCAACUGCUACUCGACUCCCUUUUUCACUUCACUCAUAUCAGAACAUGGCGAAGACACAGAAGCAGUGGACGGUAGCCGGGAAGAGCGGUUUCGAUGAUCUGAAGCUCGACGAGCAAGCUCCUAUCCCUCAGCUAGGUGACAAGGAUGUUCUCGUUCGUCUGCGUGGCUCAUCCCUCAACUACCGCGAUCUCAUCAUCGCCAAGGGCAAGUAUCCCUUCCCCCAAAAGGACGGCAUCGUACCCGCCUCCGAUUGCGCAGGCGAGGUAGAGGAAGUGGGCAAGCAUGUGCACCGCUUCAAGAAGGGCGACAAAGUCCUGACCCUCUUCAACCAAGCGCACAUUGCCGGCAGCUUAGACGGUUACUCCAUCGCCACGGGUGUCGGCGGUACAGUCGAUGGUGGCUUACGCCAGUACGGCGCCUUCGACGAGCAAGGAUUGGUCCACAUGCCAAGUAACCUCAACUACCUCGAAGGAGCGACACUGUGCUGUGCUGGCCUGACGGCGUGGAAUGCCCUCUACGGCCUCGAGGGACGCAAGCUUAUGCCCGGCGACUGGGUGCUCACUCAAGGUACUGGUGGUGUAAGCAUCUUCGGUGUGCAGUUUGCGAAAGCAGCUGGCGCUAAGGUCAUUGCGACUACGUCGUCGAAGGAGAAGGGUGACAAGCUGAAGCAGCUUGGCGCUGACCACGUUCUCAACUACAAGGAGGAUGCUAACUGGGGCGAGACUGCGAAGAAGCUGACGGGCGGCCGCGGCGUACAGCAUGUCAUUGAAGUGGGCGGUCCGACUACUAUGAAGCAGUCGCUGAAAGCCAUUGCGAUCGACGGUGUCAUCUCCAUCAUUGGCUUCUUGGGUGGAGUGAAGGGCGAGCAGCAGCCAACCUUCUUGGACUGCUUGAACAACAUCUGCACAGUCCGGGGUGUGCUUGUGGGCUCGCGCAUGCAGUUCGAGGAGAUGAACCGUGCGAUCGAGGCGAACAACAUCAAGCCGCUUGUCGACGAGAAGGUGUUCAAGCUGGAAGAGGUGCGUGAGGCGUACCAGUACAUGUGGGAUCAGAAGCACUUCGGAAAGUUAUGCAUUAGCAUCGAUUGAGCUUUUAUUGCGCUAGUUGGCGUAUCAUUUAGCAGAAGCACCAUAGAUCUUUAGAGAAGAGCUACGGCAAGAUGAGUUCGCUUCAGUCCGAGUGAGUGAGUAGGACAUGCACCAAACAUGACAGUCACUUACCUUAUUCCCAUGCUCGAUUGGGAGCCCGUAGCUAUCGUAGCGCCUUGGAAAGCACUCCGCAACGGUGCGCGGAGGCUGAUGGCACGACAAAUGAUAAGGAUUCAGAUGUUCACAAUAUAUACACACUCCAAGCCCGUACACCAGAGCCCCGUCAUCACACCUUCAUCUGACCCGCACGACUGCUCUUCCCAAGCUCAACCACCG